CUGUAUAGAUGACAACGUUACUUACUGGAAAGAAAGCACAUGUCAUUCUGCAGACAACGUUCAACAUGAAAAGAUCAAAAUAUACCGUGUAUCAAGAUUUCGAAUGGGCGGUGAAACUAAAUCGUUUGACUUUAGAUUUUAUUGGACUUUGGCCUAAAACCGCACAGAGCCCUCGACAGAAGUUAAUGUGUAAUUUUCGGGUGUUCAUCGUAUUACUGGGAGUAAUGUUUGGCAUUGUGAUUCCAUCUAUACAUUCAUUAAUAAGAAUUUCGGGAGAUCUCAUGCUAAUGAUAGACAAUUUAGAGUUUACUUUACCGGCCAUAAGCUGUACGAUAAGAAUCGGAAUUUUUUGGUGGAAAAAGGAAGCUAUCAUACCGAUCAUGAAUAUGAUCGCGGAGGAUUGGGCAAAAUCGACAAAUGUUCAAGAUAGAAAGAUCAUGAUUAGACAUGCGCAGAACGCACGCAUUAUUAUUAUUUGUGCUUAUUGCAUAAUGGGACUAGCAUUCUUCUUUUCCAUCGUUCUGCCGACUUUUGGAAUAUCAAUAAGGUUGACACCCAACAUUACUGAUCCAGGCAGACCUAUGCCUCUACAAUCAUAUUAUAUUUACGAUGUCACAAAAAGGCCGCAGUACGAAUUAACGUUUAUUAGCCAAGCAAUCGGCAUAGUUCUCGCGAUCAUGUCUUAUUCUGGAAUCGACAAUUUCCUCGGGUUACUAAUCUUCCAUAUAUGUGGCCAAAUGGACAUUCUUAAAAAUCGUUUGACAUAUCUGGACAAAUAUAUCAAUUCUCAUAUUAUUCUAAAGAGCUGUGUGACAAAACACAUUAAUUUACUUAGAGCCAUUGAGAUUAUUGAAGAUACGUAUAACAUAACACUUCUAGCUUUAUUCGUUUACUUUGCAAUACAUUUCGCUUUCCUCGGUUUCCGAAUAAUUAACAUAUUCGAUGAAGUGAAUGAUUUAUCACUUACAAACUUGGUGUUUUUCGUAUCUAUGAUUUUCAAUAUAUUUGGACAUAUGUGUGUCUACUGUGCUCUAGGCGAAUUUUUGGUGGCCAAAUGUGAUGCAAUGUAUUAUGGAGCCUACAGUAAUGAAUGGUACUCAGUGGAUCCAAAGCUUGCGCGCAACUUGUUGUUUUUGUUUAUGAGAGGAGCUAAACCGAUUUAUCUCACCGCUGGAAAAAUGUUCCCCAUAACCAUGGCUACAUUUUGCAAUUUAAUAAUAUUUGGUGUGUUUUACGGUAUUUCACGUUACCGCGUCCAGUGGGCAGGAGCCAUUAGUGCCACGAGGAAAUCUGAGAGGAUGGAGGAGGUCUGGGAGGCAUCGGGCAACGACGAAGCAACCAUGAGGUCAAUAUGA